UACACAUGUACGCGCACACACGUAUAAACAGAUAACCCUCGACUUACAACAAUUACUUUAGUGACCAUUCGAAGUUACAACGGCACUGAAAAAGGAGACUUAUGACCGCUUUUCACACUUAACGACCGUUGCAGCAUCCCUAUGGUCAGGAUUCACAUCCUUGGCAACUGCUUUGUAUUUAUGACAGAUGCCGCAUCCUGGGCUAACGGAAUCCACCUUUUGCGACCUUCUGACAAGCAAAGUCCAUGGGGAAGCGAGGUUCACUUAAUGACCGUGUUACUAACUGAGCAACUGCAGUGGUUCACUUAACAACUCUGGCAAGAAAGGACACAAAAUGGGACACCACUCAUUUUGACUGUCUUGCUUAGUAAGGGAAAUUUCAGGCUCUAUUGUCAUAAAUCAAGGACUACCUGUAUGUGUAUGUACCAUUCUGUGUAAUAUAAUGCAUAAUAGAUGUGCAACAAAUACAGUCACAUGAGGAGGAGGACUCAAAACCCAUCAUCUCCCUGUGACAAAGUUUGUGCUGGGCGCUCUGGGAGAUACUUCCCAUCACUCAGCUCUGCCGGCUCAAUUUGCCCUUAGAGGCUAGUAUUGCUUUAUAAGGCCUUGGCAAGGCCACACUUGGAAUUUUCAGCCAACACGAUGUAAAAAAGAUGUUGAGACUCUAGAAAGAGUGCAGAGAAGAGCAACAACGAUGAUUAGGGGACUGGAGGCUAAAACUUGUGAAGAACGGUUGCAGGAACUCGGUAUGCCUAGUUUAAUGCAAAGAAGGACCAGGGGAGACAUGAUAGCAGUGUUCCAAUAUCUCAGGGGCUGCCACAAAGAAGAGGGAGUCAAGCUGUUCUCCAAAGCACCUGAGGGACGGACAAGAAACAACAGGUGGAAACUAAUCAAGGAGGGAAGCAACCAGAACUAAGGAGAAAUUUCCUGACAGUCAAAACAAUUAACCAGUGGAUCAGAAGUUGCCUCCUCAAGUUGUGGGUGUUCCAGGCUUUUAAAAGAAGGGAUGCUUCCUUUGCCUCUGCUGAGGUCUGGACUUUGCCCUAGAGGUGACCCGUGUCUAUGGAAUAGUCUGAGGCUUUCAUCUCUGCUCAUGUUCUGAUAGCCAGACACCCCCAGACAAGUGGGGGAGCGUUGGAAAACGGGCAGAAAUUGUUCGUGGUGGUGCAUAUCCCUCUGAGGCCGAGACCUGUUUUGCAGUAAUUCUGAUCUUGUGUGUGUUGCUGAUGUUUUUAGAUAUUUAUGCUCUCUGGUUAAAAGAAAAAUCUGGGGCAGGAAGCAGCUCUCUUCCUUAUGCUGACUGGGAGAACUGAGAAAAUGGCUGGCAUGCAAAAACAAUCCAGCUAUUAUGUGCUGACACUUCAUGAAAAUGGAUCAACCGAGGAGAGCUGUGUCACAUGAGCAGAUCUUUGUGAAACAGGUCUAAUGCAAGCAAACGUCGCUUCAGAGGGAUUACAAAAACAGGAGUGGUGGGGUUGCCUCCCAGAUGGGAAAAAAUUCCUUUGCAGAGCUUGUUUCGGCAUCACUGUCGAGGGAGCCUCGCCCAGCACCCGCAGGUCUUGGCUGUCUCCAUGUUGUAUCAUCUGACAUUUAAGGCUUCAAGAAAAGAUCUUGAGGACAAAGAAUUCAGCAUUAAUUUGUGGAGAGAAAUUGGGGUCAGAGUUCUCUUCUCCAGACUAAACGUGCCAAAAUCCACCAACCUUCUAUUCCUCAGCUUCCAAGCAUCUAGCCUCAAUUGCAUCCCUCCUCCACUAGGCAAAUGUCUCUCCUAAAAUGCAGUACAAGUAGUCCUCACUUGCUGGUUGAAGUUGGGACAGUCCAUCGCUAAGUGAUGUGGUUGUUAAGUGAAUUGUCUGCAGUCAUUAAGCGUGACAUUUUGUGACUUCCAGCUUUUCAUGGUCUUUGCUUGUCAGAAGUGGCAGCAGAGCUUGUGGUUGUGGUCGUGUGACUACACAGAUGCUGUAACGGCCACAAUUUCAAGAGCCAAUUGUAAAUCAUCUUUUUCAGGGCUGUUGUAAUUUCAGAUGGUUCCUAAAGGGGUAGUCGGUAAGCGAGGAUUACCUGUACAGUAUCCAGGACUGGAACUGUCGUGUCCCACUCCUCCGCUGACGGCCGGGUCAGGGAAAUCCGAAUCAGGCUUGCCUCUGCAGCUCUGCCCAAAGUCCUAGCAAAGUCCUCAGAGCAGGCAGGAGACCAGUAAGUGACUUCAGCAAGAUAAGUUCGACUUUGCCUGACUCAGAGACUGCCAGAAAGCAGAUCCUUUAUAUAGGCCAUGGGGUGUGGCUCCAUGACUCAGCACUCAUUAAGGCCUGCCCCUCCCUUCCUUCUGUUGCCUCCGCCUAUCCAGUCUUCUGAUGCGAGGGUCACUCCAAUCAGCUGUUGUUGGGAGUAAACCCUCCUCAGGCUCACCUGCUGUGGAGGAGGGGGAGGGGUCUAGCUGCUCCGUUUGCCUGGGCAUGGAGCCAGGGCUGGGGCCGGGGGAUGCUCCCUCCUCUGCAGCCUGCUUGGGCAUGGAGCCAGGGCUGGGACCGGGGGAUGCUCCCUCCUCUGCAGCCUGCUUGGGCAUGGAGCCAGGACUGGGACCGGGAGGUGCCCCCUCCUCUUCAGCUUGUCUGGGCAUGGAGCCAGGACUGGGAACGGGAGGCAUACAUUCCUCCGUGUUCGGGAGCAGAUAAGAAGGCCCCGGCUGCGGUGAGAGCGGAGAAUUCUUGGAAAAGGAACCAGCAAGCAGGUGAACCCAGCAUCAGAGAGAAGAUCUGCAACCAUGAGCAGGAUGGAAAUGAACUGCAGACCACACCAGAAUUUCGAGCACACGUUGCAAAGAAGCUGGACACGAUCUUGGACAAUGCGAUAACCCUCUCGACGUGCCCGUUGCGACUCCUGCGACACGAGAACAGCUCCUCCCUGGAAGAAGACAAUGGUUUUCGCCUCUUUUCCUCCUCUGUCCCGGGAGACUGUGGGGAGCCAGAAGCUGCCCCUCGGAAACAGUCAGCGUUGCAGCAUUCCAAUUCCAGCAUUGCUUGUGAUUCUUCCAGCGGCCUGGAAAGUGACCCAGAGUGGCAGAGAUGCCUAGAGGUUGCGGUGACGGCAGCAGACAUUCUGAAGCAGAGUGGACUGCCACCACCAGCGGCCCAGGACUCCAGCCAAACAAUAGAGGCCGGAUGGAAAAAAGUCAAGAAGAAGAAGAAGAAGAAGAAAGGGAAAAGAGAGGAGAGUGGCCAACCAGAUGCCAUUGAAGCAGCGGGUAAUAGCCAGGACAAGGAGCCCUCAUAUCCCAGCAGUCCAGAGGCCAUCAGGUGGACAGAGACGAUGCAGAGGAAGAGGAAAAGGAAAAGGAGGGAAACAAAAGGAGGAACAGAAUGACCAUCCCUCCAAUACUUAUUUGCCAGGGGGAGUUACUUGCAGAGGGGCCUGGCUUGGCUGUGCACCCUGGGAAGAUGAAGGGACUCUCUCAGUGAUGGAAAACAGCUGCUCCAACUACUGUUGCCUGGGCAGCCGGUGGGGCUGGGAUGGAUCCGGAGGGCUGCCGUGGCUCCUGGGUAGCAUUACAAAUUGGGAGGAAGAAUGGGCUGGCACUCCUUGCAUCCCAUCAAAAUGGACACCCUGACUGCCGCUUUCUCGGGUGAGCCCCAUCCGCUCUUGGAGCUGCAGGACAUGGGUGGGGGGAGCAGUGAAGUCUGUGAGUGGGCAUGGAUGAUCAGCUUUGUGGAUCACCUGGUGGAGCAGCCAGAGCAAUUUGUUUUCUCACCUGGUCCACCUGAAGAAUAACGUGACUCUGCUUUUACAGAUAUGGUUCCAGUUUUUAUGAGAUGGUCAUUUUGUGAAUAGCCAAUAUAUAUAUAUGUAUAUAUAAAACAAUAUUUUAAGAUA